AUGAAGACGUACUCCAGGCGCAACAGCAAACCUAUUGCCAGGAGCGCCCGGAGCGGCGUAGGCAACCAGGGUAGCAGCGGCGACACGAGCAGCAGCGGACUAACCCCAUCCACACCUUCGUCCACUCCAUCAGGAAAGCUGUGGGGUGCAGGGGACCCGCUCAGCGUCGGCCGCAAGAGAAGGAGACCGGGAACAGUCAAGAGUACGCCGACUGCUUCUUCGACCAAUAAGAAGCGGUCAAGCGGAGGGAGAGAAGGAGGCGUUUCGCUGGCAGGGAAAGGAAAAGAGCAGACUUUUCUCGACUUCGGACAGAGGAGCCUGGGAGAAAGGGCUUUGUGCCCUAGGUGCAACUUGCUGUACGUGCGCGGUUCGGCAGACGACGAAGAACGACAUGCCGCUCUUUGCGCCAAAGCAGCCAGGGGGAUCGACUUUGCCGGCUGGAAACAGGAGAGGGUGAAGGAGGCGUUUGCGGACGACGGGGGCAGGGUGGUGGAGGUGCGCGAGGGCGACCCGGCGCCGCACCUCGCCAAGCUGCGGGAGGUGGAGCGCCUGAUGGACGCGGACAUGGGCUUCGCGCCGGGGGCUCGGGAUGACGCCAUCUCCCUCGGCAGCGGUAUCGAUACCGCUCGCCGGGCGGUAGUGUUGCCGGAGCCGAGGCCAAAGAAGACCGAGCUGGCGGCUGCGGUGGGCUCCGGUUUCAAGCCCUCCGUUGUUGCUCCUCCUCCCCUCACCCGUCACUUUUCUCGCAUCGGCGAGGUUGCAUCUUCCACGGCCGCCGCCGCCGCGUCGACUGGGUUAGCCCAACGGCCGGCGAGAAGCUUUGUCGCCGGCAUCAUCUCCGGCGAGCACGACCCCCGACCGCGGCAAGAAGAAGAACAGCAAGCCCCGAGGUCCGCCGAGGGCGGCCGUUGUUGCGUUUCGUCAUCGAAGGAGGGGGGGGGGGGGUCUUCCCCCGCGAGGAGGCCCCCAGGGAUGAAGGCGGCACCACCGCAAGAGGACACUGGAAGCGGUGCUUCCGCCGGGCCCUGCCGACCGCCGUCUCCUCUCGAUGGUAGCAGCGGCAUCGGUGGCGGGGAAGCGGGCUUCGUUGCGGAGGAGGAGGCCGUGGUGACGGGGAACAAGAGAGGCAACAGCGAUGGCGGAGGCGGUGGGUCCACUGCCGUCGCCGCCACCGCUGGAUGCGCCGCUGCUGCAACUGCCGGGGUUUCGCCGUCGGCGGCAGCGGCGGCGGCGGCAGCGGCGGCGGCUCGAUCGUCGUUGAAACGCAAAAAGCUGCGGCGCGGCGAUACCGAAGGUGCACCAACGACAACCCUCGAAAGCUUUUGGCGCCCCAACGACUUCCAAGACCUGAGGGCGUGGACCGCCGGAAAAGCGGCGUCGGCGGAAGCGGCCGGGAGAGUAGGGCCGGUGGGGGACCGGGAGGCUCGCGCCUCUUGCACCUCAGAGGCGGAAGGUGCUAGCGAGGAGAAGACGAUGUUCCCCGCGGUGGUGGGGGGGAGGUAUAGUUGCGGCGGCGGCGGCGGUGAGGGGGUCCGAGUAGCGGGGGAUGGACCGGAGAGCGCAGCAGGAGGAGGGGAAGGAGGAGGGGAGGGAGGAGGACUACGCUUGCCGCCGCCGCCGCCGCCGCCGCCGCCUUCUGUCGCGGGUGCCCCCGCCGCUGCCGCGGGUGCCGCAGAGAUGAAGCAGGUUUUCGUCAGGAUCUCGCCGUGGUCGAGACCGCCGGUCGUGCGGGCGCCCGCGGCCGGGCCGGCACGGGGCGGCGGGGCGGGGCCGACGCCACUGGCAGCCGAGUCGACGACGACGGCGGGGACGGCGGUGCCGUCGCCACGACCGAAAAUAGAAGCGGCAGCAGGAGGCGACGGGUUGCUUGGCGACAGCAGCGGCGGUGGUGCUGCCGAAGGACGCGACGCCGGAGACCGGUGCCAUCCUUCCCCCCGCGGCGCCGCUACCGGCGGAGGCGGCGGCGACGGCCGCACACGGCACGAGGCCGACCGACACAGCGGUGAAGCCCGCCACCCCGCCCAUGUACCUCUCUCUCUCGGUGGCGCGGGAACCGGCGGAGCCGGGGGGCCCGCAGAAUACGGUAGAGGCUCUGAGAGUGAUCAUGGUACGACAGGUGAGGACAACGUAGAAGGUUUUUCCGCCUUAGGGAACGGUGCGGGCGGUGGACAGGAAGGGGAGUCAUCGCGACCGCCUUCGCCGCCAGAUCGGCGGCGGCGGCGACGGGGGCCGGGGUCGUCGCCCUCGUGGUCGGGGGGCUCCGUGGAUUCGGAGGUUUCGUCCCCCUCCCCCCCCCCCGAGGAGGAGGAGGAGGAGGAUGACGCGCUACCGUCGCCGCUGCCGACGACGGUGCUGACCUGCGAGGACAAGGAGACGAAGGCGGUGGUGGGGAUACUGCAGGUCUGGGUGCACGAGCGGAGCCGGCGGCAGGGGGUGGCAACCCGUCUCGUGGACACGGUUCGUGAGAAGAUGGUGUACGGCAUCUCCCUUCGGCGCGAAGAGGUCGCCUUCUCCCAGCCCACCCGGGAGGGUCAGGCCUUCGCCACACGCUACACCGGGGGCAAGGGCAGGCUCUUGGUCUACUGA